AUGAGUGCUAUUAAGCAUGCCAUUGCAUCCAAAUUUAACGAUGGCUAUAUGGAAUUCAUGGAUAAGACAUGGUAUAGUAAGGCUAUUCACUUUAAACUGGAUUAUCAUUCACCUGCUUAUGUGAAUGAGAAUCUAACCGUUAAAUCAUGGUCGGAUGCUUCGAAUAAUCGAAUUAAUUGUCAGAUAAUGCGAGAUAACGAUUGUUUAAGUACAUUUUCAAUAAGCUUUAAUCCUGAUCUAAAAUACACUCCAGGCAUAUUGCCGUUAUCAUUAGAUGUAAUCCAUAAGGACAUAUUUGGCAUCAUUUUUAACGGAGAAAAUUUUUUAUCCAUUCGUAAUCGAUUUAAUCAACCUGAUAUCAGCAAGUUUACAAAUGCUGCGGCUGAAGCUUUUACUACUUCAUUGAUAUAUGGUGUAUGGAAUGUUUCUAAAUUUUUUUCUCGCUCUAAAGGCGCUAUGCUAUUAAUCACAAGUAAAUUUGAUAUAGAUCCCAUGUUUUACACUAUGCAACCUGAUGCACCUACAAAGCUAAAAUUAGGGUUAGAAUCCAUGGGCAAUAAGUCAUUCAUGUCUGCCUAUAGAAUUAUCGAUUAUCAAACUAAGACAGUUAUCAAUAAGUGCGAGAACAUCUCUGUUUUCGUGAAAGAUGGUAAACCCGAAGCAUUACCUGAACAAUUUAAAGAAGAACUGUUACAAAAGGUACCUGUCAAGGCAUUAACUGAAAAGCCUCAACCUCUAUUUGAAAGUAUACCUCAAAAUCAUUUUACGUAUCACACAAAAGUAAGAGCUAGUGAUCUUGAUUAUAAUAAUCAUGUCGGCUAUGGAGGUGUAGUUGGCUUUUGUCUGGACGCAGCCAGCAAUGCAGCUUCAUCGAAAAGCUCCGCUUAUCGAUUUGAUUUUGGUAAUGACUUUAAUCCAAGCUGCAUUCAUCAAAAAUUUCUGCUCCUUCGUGGCCAAUUACUUUUUGAUGACGAAAUCACAGUUGAUACAUGGCAAGGAUAUGAAAACAAUUCUCUCUAUUUUAAUGUCAGAAAAGAAAAUAAGGCAGUUUGCCAGCUCGAAUUUAUUAUAGAUGUCCAAUCAAUACAAAAAUGUAAUUAG